UUGGAGGAAACAAUGAACACAGCACUAGACAAUAUAUCUAACUACCUGGGAGACAGACACAUGGAGGCAGUUCCGGCCAAAACGAAAGCCAUGGUUUUCACAAGGAAACGAUCACCAGCACAGCCGCGAUUAACAAUCAACGGAUCGGCCAUCGAGAUUGUGAAUGAGUUCAGGUUUCUGGGCGUGACUUUGGAUGACAAGCUUUCUUGGAAGUC